AUGAAGGUUGGCAUAAUUUCAAGAGAGCUUACCAAACCAUCCUCUCCUACCCCAUCUGAACUUAGAGACUUCAAGCUCUCUUUUAUAGAUGAGUGCAUACCUCCUACCUAUGUCCCUCUAAUUCUAUAUUAUUCCUAUGAUGAAAAUAGCAAUAUCAAGCAAUCCGAGAUGUCGAACCGGCUAAAAGAAUCAUUGUCAAAGGUCCUAAUGCAGUUUUACCCUUUGGCUGGAAGGAUGAAAAGCCAAAUAGCAAUUGAUUGUAAUGAUGAAGGGGUUUACUACAUCGAAGCACGAGUUGAGGCCCAUCUUUCAGACGUCAUGGGCCUAUGCACAUUCAUCAACGCUUGGGCCUCCAUGGCGAGUGGGGAAAGCAAUAAGGAACGUCCAAUCUUUAACUCAUCGUCUUUGUUCCCACCAAGAGGCUCACCGGACUCCUGGGUGGGCACGAGAAAUCCGGCAAUCCAGCACCCGGUGCAAAAAUUUGUUGCUAAAAGGUUCGAUUUCACUGCCACAGCAAUAGCUGCAUUGAAGGCUCAAGUGGAAAUUAGCUCUAUCAAGCUACAACCUACGCGCCUGGAGGUGGUAUCGGCACUGCUAUGGAAGUGUUGCAUGGCUGCUAUAGGGAACAAAAACAGUACCACAUCGGUGGCGUGUCUUCCGGUGAAUUUGAGGAGGAGGAUGGUCCCGUCACUUCCGGAUAAUUCUUUUGGCAAUAUCUUUGCGAUGGCAAACACAGUUACAAGAGGCGAAACAGAUUUUGCUAGCUUGGUCGGUAAACUAAUUUCCCAGGAGGGUGUGGAGGUAUUUAAGAUUAGCAGUUGGUGUAGGUUUCCAAUCUAUGAAGUUGAUUUUGGUUGGGGAAAGCCCACCUGGGUGACUACUGCUAGCUCUUCCCGUGGUAAUUGCAUUUUUCUGUUGGAUUCAAGAAGUGCUGGUGGAGUAGAGGCAUGGGUGAUCUUGGUUGAGGAAGCUAUGGAAAAGCUUGAGCAGGAUGUGGAGCUCCAAGCCUUCACUACACCAUCUUGCAAGUGA